GCCGCCUUUCAUGAGGCAGCACCAACAGCCCUUCAUUCCACAAACUGCCUCAACUUACCAGCAGCCCGCCACUUCAGAUCCGACCGCCGCUACUUACUUGCAACAGCCCGCCACUUCCGCACCAACCGCGACUCCAAAGCAGCAAUCCAAUAAAAUGAAAAUUAAAUGUCUAAUUUGCCAUAAAAUUGGUCACCGGGCGACGGAGUGCCGCAACCGACUACGCCAAGAGCCUCGGAGAAAAUGGUUUACAUCAACUUUCAAAAAUUCAAACAAGAAUAUGCUUCAGGCGUGGCAGGCAGAAAGAGACAUAGCCGACGCCGAUCCCGUAGGCGUGCUUCCUUGGCCAAUUACAAUGCGUUUCGUCGCUGAUGCGUAUGGCGAUACAACCUGCCCCCCGCAAAUGAAGUCACGGCUAUGUUCGUUGGUGAUGACGGUCGUCUGCCAAGAAACCUUGAUCUGGUCAUCUACGACACGAAUCCAAUCAACCCGUAACACAGAAUGCAAAAUAUACCUGCGGGCUCGUGUCACGCGGAUCCGCUGUUGUUCCCGAGCAGGGAAGGCGGUUGGCAUUUCGGGAUGAGGCAAGAGGGCAACCGACGUAAUCAAGUCGGCAAUCGAAACAGUAUCAGGGAUGUUUGCGUGUUCAGUCAAACUACCUAAUACUAUAUUGAAAGUGUUCAUUAUUUUUUAAAUUGUUAUUCGGUUCACUAGGCAUUAAACAUCGUAAUAUUUGUUAAUUUAGAAAUAUUCAUAUUAACAUUUAAUUCUCUCUCCAAAAUGAUAC